GACACCUUUGAGGACCCGUCUGGGAUUAUAGAAAUGUUUCACUAAGGCACCCACUACAGCAAUGCUGCCAGUGUCAUGCAGUAUUUGUCAGGGUCGAACCGUUUACAACUCUGCACAUAGAGCUUCAGAGUGGCAAGUAAGAAGUAAGUGCAUAGAGACGCUGGUGGAUGCUGGUGGAAGGGAGGGAAGGGGGGUGGGAUUACAAUACUGCACAUAGCUUCAAAGUGGCAAGUAAGUGCAUAGAAACACUGGUGGAUGCUGGUGGAAGGGAGGGGGGUUACAAUACUGCACAUAGCUUCAGAGUGGCAAGUAAGUACAUAGAGACACUGGUGGAUGCUGGUGGAAGGGAGGGGGGUAACAAUACUGCACAUAGCGCUUCAGAGUGGCAAGUAAGUGCAUAGAGACACUGGUGGAUGCUGGUGGAAGGGAGGGGGGGUUACAAUACUGCACAUAGCGCUUCGGAGUGGCAAGUAAGUGCAUAGAGACAUCCAUCUGUACAUGAUCAACUGUAUCAAAUGACAUUGCAUCUGUGUAAAUUUCUGAAAUCCAAUGGGCUAUUGCUAGAGCUGUGCUUGAAAAUAUUGACAUGAAAUCAAAUAGGAUUCAAAGGAAUGCUGAAUUUUUCCGUAUGUGGAUAACCAAAUCUGUUUAUAUAGUGGAAAGUUGAUCCUUCUUUUAUUAAAAGCUUAGACAAUACUGCCUUAGGAAUGGGUAAGAACAUGAUUUCUGCAAGAAAAGGUUGUGUGAAAGAACAGGUUGCGUAGGACAGGUUGUGUCGAAUUACAGGACCAUCAAAAAACAUUUCACCUGAAAUCCUUUAUCAGCAGACAUUUAAUUGCAAGUUUCCUGUGUGUAAAUCACCUGUAUAAUGAUGCUACAUUUAUGUCAAUCACUUCACAGGUUUGAUGUGCCCGACCGUCAGUUCCACUCAAUUCAUGGGAGCUUCUCCUCCCUGAUGGACAACCCAAAUGAUGUCAAGGAACUCAUCCCAGAGUUUUUCUACUUCCCCGAGUUUCUUGUCAACUUCAAUGGUAAGUCUUAAUGCAUAGGGGGCGGUGCAUUCUGCAGCACUGCUGAUAUUGACAUGCUCAUCUUUUACUGCAAUACUUUAUUUGAAACACCCUUGCUUUCAAUUACUCGUCAUAACCUGAAAUUGUUCUAUUAUUGUUCUGGUGACAUUUGCUGUUAAUAUUUUUUAAAAAAAAAUUUCACAUAAAAAAACACACCUUUUCUUGACUUCACUCAUUGCAAGAUUAUGACAGCAGAUGUAGGUGGGACAUUUUCUCAAGUACUAACGCAGACCAAUUGUUUUUUGUCAUGUCAAGGUUUUGAUCUGGGAAGACUUCAGAUCACCAAAGAGUCUGUCGACGGUGUCAAGCUGCCGCCCUGGGCCAGCACACCU